AUGACGGCCAUGAGAAGACAGAAAUACACAUCGCCGGAAGAACAAAGCGCGCACUUCUGCCAAGCCCUCGCCGAACACUUGCGCGGCGACGCCCUAACAUGGUUCAGCAACCUCUGUGCCGACUCCAUCGACAGCUUCGACGAUCUAGCAGCCGCUUUCCUAAAGCAACACCUCCGUUUCGCAUUAGACGACCUCGUCUUUUGCAAAACCGAUGAUGAUACGAUCUAUGGUCUCGGCAAAUUCGGCUUCCGACUGGGAAGGACCAUUCCGCAUCGCGAAAGUCGUCAAACCAGGAGUCUAUCAGCUAGAAGACAACCUCGGCACCACGUCCGAUCGCCUCUGGAGCUCGUCGGAUCUGCGCAAGUUCCAUGA